AUGUCUCUCAUGUCAACCGACCCAGGCGAGCUCUCACUGAGCAAGCUUCUCUCAACACUCACCACAAGCUUGCAUCCAACCACCUACGUCUUUGCCACCAUCACCGACCCUUCCCAGCUACCACCUCAAUCCGAAACCCAGAUGAUGUUCAAAGAAUCCGAAGGGAUUACGUUGAUCAUCAGUAAAGACUACGCCGAGUCUCAUCAGAUCGACUACUUCCUUCCAUGUAGAAUGAUCACUCUCAACGUUACCUCGAGCUUGGAAGCUGUGGGGUUCAUGGCUGUUAUCGCGACAAAGCUGGCAGCGAAAGAGAUUCCCUGCAACUGCGUCAGCGGAUUUUAUCAUGAUCAUGUUUUUGUGCCGCUUGGUCGGGAGGAAGAGACUUUGGAGGUUCUUUCACAAUUGGCAGCGGAGAAAAAGGCAGACGCGGACAAAGCUUAG